UCCUUGCCCACAUAAGGUCUGGUGGCUCAUUGGUCGCUGUGCCGGUUUUGCUAUAAGAGAGGCUGAGCGUUUCUAUCACAGCGGUGUUGCCUCAGGGAGUAAAGGUUGCUUUCUUCAAUUGGAAUAUCAUCAUCUUGAUCUGCAAACAUGCCCUCUGAUCUGGCAAAGAAAAAGGCAGCCAAGAAGAAGGAAGCAGCCAAGGCUCGCCAGCGGCCGAAGAAGGGUGAGGAAGAGAAUGGCGAGGUGGAGCAGCAAGAAAGCCAGGAGAACGGGGUUAAAGUCGAUGAAAUGGCAAGUCUGACCAAGGGAAUAGAUGAAUUUGAACUUAAGAAGACUGAAGCACGAGCUGUUACUGGUGUUUUGGCCUCGCAUCCCAACAGCACAGAUGUGCAUAUCAUCAGUCUCUCUCUAACUUUCCAUGGACAGGAGCUGCUCACUGACACCAGUCUGGAGUUGAACUCUGGCAGGCGCUAUGGACUCAUAGGGCUUAACGGCACAGGUAAAUCCAUGUUACUGUCUGCCAUUGGUCACCGUGAAGUACCAAUCCCUGAUCACAUUGAUAUCUACCAUCUCACUCGUGAGAUGCCUCCCAGUGAAAAGACUGCCCUUGAGUGUGUGAUGGAGGUGGACCAGGAGAGAAUUGUACUGGAGAAAGAAGCAGAAAGGCUUGCACAUGAAGAUGCGGAGUGUGAAAAGCUGAUGGAAUUGUAUGAGCGUCUGGAGGAGCUGGAUGCAGACAAGGCAGAAGUGAGAGCCUCGCGCAUCCUUCACGGUCUGGGCUUUACUGCAGCAAUGCAGAGAAAGAAAAUGAAGGACUUCAGUGGUGGCUGGAGAAUGAGAGUUGCCCUUGCCAGAGCUCUGUUCAUAAAGCCUUUCAUGCUGUUGCUAGAUGAGCCCACAAACCAUCUGGAUCUGGAUGCCUGUGUGUGGCUAGAGGAGGAGUUGAGUUCUUUUAAGAGAAUUCUAGUACUGAUCUCCCAUUCGCAGGACUUUCUUAAUGGUGUUUGUACCAACAUUAUGCAUCUGCAGAAUAGAAAACUCAAGUAUUAUACGGGAAACUAUGAUCAGUACAUUAAGACCAGGGAGGAACUGGAAGAGAAUCAGAUGAAACGUUACAACUGGGAGCAGGACCAGAUUUCACACAUGAAGAACUAUAUUGCACGAUUUGGUCAUGGCUCUGCUAAGCUAGCCAGACAGGCCCAAAGUAAAGAGAAAACCUUGCAGAAAAUGGUGGCAUCGGGUUUGACUGAGCGAGUGGUAAAUGACAAGACUCUGUCAUUUAGUUUUCAUCCUUGUGGGAAGAUUCCUCCUCCAGUUAUCAUGGUUCAGAAUGUCAGCUUUAGAUAUGCACAAGACGGGCCACUGAUCUACAAAAACCUUGAGUUCGGUAUUGAUUUGGACACGAGGGUGGCUCUGGUUGGUCCCAAUGGAGCUGGAAAGUCUACGUUGCUCAAGCUGCUUGCAGGAGAGGUGCUUCCAUCAGAUGGCAUGAUCAGGAAACAUUCUCAUGUUAAGAUUGGCAGGUACCAUCAGCAUUUAACAGAGCAAUUGGAGUUGGAUCUGUCUCCUCUAGACUACAUGAUGAAAUGCUACCCAGAAAUCAAAGAGAGGGAGGACAUGAGGAAAAUCGUUGGUAGAUACGGACUCACUGGUAAACAGCAGGUAAGCCCUAUCCGAAACCUGUCUGACGGUCAGAAAUGCCGGGUGUGCUUUGCAUGGCUGGCCUGGCAGAACCCUCACAUGCUGUUCUUGGACGAACCUACAAAUCACCUGGAUAUUGAGACUAUUGAUGCACUGGCUGAUGCCAUCAAUGAGUUUGAAGGAGGAAUGAUGCUGGUCAGCCAUGACUUCAGGCUUAUUCAGCAGGUGGCUCAGGAGAUCUGGGUUUGUGAGAAACAAACCAUAACCAAAUGGAACAGAGGCAUCUUGGCGUACAAAGAGCACUUGAAAUCCAAAAUGAUACGUGAUCCCUGAACAUCUUCCUGACUUGACUGCCCGCAUUCGUAAUUCGUAGUGGAAAAGACAUCUUCCCCAACCCCCCCUUUUUUAGAAAACAAAAAGCAUGCUGAAAAGCCCAACAACCCCCCCCCCCAACUUCUCACUUCAUUCAAAAUGGUAACCUGAAACCAUCCAACUCUCAUCUAUAGCCAAGAACUUCAUCCUGUGUACUGUCAGAAUAAACAGUCUUUGAACAUUUGGACAUUCUCAAGCUAGUGAUACGUGCACUUUCCUUUUUUAUUAUAUAUAUUUUUUUUUUUUUCAAGAACUGUUUGGUCAUUUUAUUAUUUAACAAUGUAUCUGCAAUAAAGGUUUAUUUGAAACAAGAA